AUGGUUACGCACAAAUCUGUCACCUAUUUCUAUGAUCCAGACAUUGGAAACUACCAUUAUGGAGCAAAUCAUCCUAUGAAACCACAUAGAAUGAGAAUGACCCAUUCAUUGGUGCUGAGUUACGGACUUUAUAAGAAGUUAGAUAUGAGGGUCCCUAAGAGAGCUACACGGAAAGAUAUGACUCGGUGCCAUACAGAUGAAUAUGUAGAUUUUUUGUGGAGAGUUACUCCAGAUACAAUGGAGAAGUUUACAUUGCAUCAGUCUCGAUGUAUUUAUUUUUUUAAAAUCAGUAGAUAUGUGCUUAAGUUGAUAGUUAAUGUUGGAGAAGAUUGUCCGGUUUUUGAUGGUUUGUUUGAAUUUUGUUCGAUUUCAGCGGGUGGUUCUAUCUGUGCAGCACAAAAAAUUAAUACAGGCGAUUCAGAGAUUGCAAUUAACUGGUCAGGAGGUCUUCACCAUGCAAAGAAGAGGGAGGCAUCUGGAUUUUGCUAUAUUAAUGAUAUUGUUCUUGCAAUUUUAGAGCUUUUAAAGUAUAACCAGCGUGUUCUUUAUAUUGAUAUCGAUAUCCAUCAUGGGGAUGGCGUAGAGGAAGCGUUUUAUACGACAGACCGAGUAAUGACAUGUUCGUUUCAUAAAUAUGGGGAAUAUUUUCCUGGAACAGGAAGCAUUGAAGAUAUCGGGAUAGGAAAGGGUAAAAAUUAUUCAGUUAAUAUCCCUCUUAAGGAUGGCAUUGAUGAUGCGUCCUAUGAAAGUAUUUUCAAACCAAUUAUACAGAAGAUUAUGGAAUGGUAUCGUCCAAAUGUUGUUGUAUUGCAAUGUGGUGCAGAUUCUCUUGCAGGUGAUCGACUUGGAUGUUUUAAUCUUUCAAUGAAAGGCCAUGCAGAAUGUGUUAAAUUUGUUAAAAGUUUUAAUCUUCCUACUAUUGCAGUAGGUGGGGGCGGAUAUACUAUUAGAAAUGUUGCUCGUGUUUGGACUUAUGAAACAGCAGUGCUUAUCAAUGAAACAUUGGAUGAAAAUAUUCCAUUUAAUUCUUAUUUAGAUUAUUAUGGCCCUGAAUUCAAAUUAAAUGUGCCUUCAAAUAAUAUGGAAAAUCAAAACUCAAGAGCUUAUCUGGAAAACAUAACUUCGAAAGUUAUUGAUAAUCUUAGAAAUAUAUCUCAUGCUCCUUCAGUACAAAUACAGCAUAUACCACCGGAUUUUUUAUUUGAAGACGAAAUUAAUAUUUAA